UAUAAAAUAUCAUGUCGUUGCAUCUGGUCUUUAUGAGUUUUAUUUAUAUUUCUAACAUCAAAAGGAGUUUGUAAUGAAUGUAUCGAUGCUACUGGUUUAGAAUUAGAGAAAGAAUGAUUACAAGUACUCCUAGUCUUCUAUCGCUAUCUCUUGAUAGCCUAUCUCUGUUAAUACCUGUUACAAUUCUUUCUAACCAUCACUGGCUAAUGAUAUCUCCCUCCAGUAACAGAAACUAGUCCAGCACAGUACACUCACGGGCCCAUUUGGGGUGGUUGCGAGCUUUUGAUUUUCAAAUACAAUUUUCAAAACAAAACGUGUUUGGCAAAAAUAGAGCUGAAAUGUUUUUUUUAACUCAUUUUCAAAAGACUUUUACAUUCAUUUUCAAAACCAAGAAAAAAGGUUAUGUGAUUUUGGUUUUAGUUUUUUAAAAAAGCACACAUUCCUUACAUUUGACAAUGGCCCUUUCCACCACCAUAGGCACUGCCACUGCCACCACCGCCUCUGCUAGAAGCACUAUGUUGUUUUUACCCAAGAGGACUAUUGUUGCACCAAAGAAAUGGAAUGACUAUGUGCUCUAUCAUUAGAGAUUCCGUAUGGUAGUGAAUCAUAAUAAUCGAAUGACUCAGCUGGAUUCUAGAAGGGUCAUUGUUAGAAUUCUGUUAGCAAUGAUUGAGGCUUAGAUUUUAUUCUGAUUGUUGCUUAGGACGUAUGCAUGUGACGAAGCUUAUAUAAUUCCUGUAAUCUGUUGAAAGGGGUAAUAAUGAGAAUUAAGAGAAUUCCUCUCUUCUUAUCUUCAAUUUCUCUUGGAGGUUCUCUGACCUUGAAUUCAGAGAAAUACCAAACAUCAGUAGUAGCAGGAGAAAACAUGGAUCAAUGGGGUCUCACUGACCUUCUUCAAUGCCUAUGUCAAGGGCCAUGAUAAGAACCUUGGGAGAACCACAUCACAGAAGCUAACUAUUGUACUUACUGCCAAUGUGGGACUGAAGUCCUAUAUCUUGCAAUUGGAUCCUAACAUCCCAUACGCUCCGCAUGCUGGCUACACACUAGCCCUUUGACUAGUCCUGAGUGAACACUGCAAUGCUGGUAUCAACACUCAUGCUGCUCCUUUGCAGCUUAGAGACUAGAUGGAAAGAUUUGAUACCAAUUGAUGAGAACCUUGGGAGAACCACACCACAAGAGUUAGCCAUUGUAGUUGGAAAACCCAAGACCUUAUAAACCCCACACUAAAUCCCAUACUUCCAAUAUGGGAGUCAAGAACUAUACCUUGCAAUUGGAUCCUAAGUUUGUAACAGACCACUUGGAAGUCAACCAGAAAGUUGUGUCCUUUACAAAUAGGAUCUAGGUCAAUCAUUUCAGCAGUGUUUUGAAAGCCCUCCUCUAUCUUCCCAUAGCUCUUGGUGCUGGAAACCGUUAAAUUUAUAUUAAUACAUUAAAUGGUUGAUAUGGACACGAUUUUUGCUUUAAUAUAGAAAAAGAAAUAACAUUUUAUAUAUUUACUGCACAGAGGACCCACAGGAAAGGCAGUAUAGUGCCUGCAUUGCUUUACUGAGCAAGAGCAUUUGAAAUCUGAUGAAAUAGUACAUCACAACUAUACUUAAUAUUAUGGAGAAAACAAUAGUUUAUAUUUUUCUUUUUGAGGAUAAGAUAAAUGUUCUAAUGUUUGACUUUUUAUUUGUUUGGUCCUUUUGCAUGUUUUUGUGUUGUCAAUUAGUAAAUCUACUUGAUUCCUCAUUCCUUGUCACUCUGUAUAAACAUUGCAAUUUUCAUAGUGACCAUGUAUUAUAUGCCAUCAGGUUCAGUAUAUAGUUCAGUUUCUUCUCAGAGAAAUAAAAAAUUUUAACACAUGCAAAAUGAUUUUUGGAGUGGUUUGUUUGUUGGGUCAGUUUACCCCCGUGUUGUUAAAUGGCGGCCAUGGCGGCGCCAUGGCGGAGUUGCAUAGCGGAUUUCUUAAAAAACGCCACCGAAUAGCGGUGGCGUGACAGGUUAAAGAUGGCGGCGCCAUGACGGAUAUGGCGGCGAGGCGGAAAAUGGCGGAAUUUGUUUUUUUUUUUGUCCGCGGUAGGAGUUGGGCUGACCCGACUCAACCCUACCCGGUAACUUAAUGAAAACCAUGACCCCUCCAAGCUUUCAGAACGCAGCUGCAACCCCUCGAAGCUCCAACACACAGCGCGACCUUGGAACCCAGCCACGACCCCUGCAACCAGCCACGACAGCAGCCACGUGUGACCCGCUGCACACAGCAGCCAGCAGCGACGACCCACGGCGCGAACGGCGGUGACGAGCACGGCGUGAACGACGGCAACGAGCACGGAGAAGACGAUCCCAACCCACACGUAGAACAUCGCGACUUAUACUGGUGGGCAAAGCUUUUUUUUGGUUUUGUUUUUGCUGCUUGACACCCCUUUUUUCUGUCUGCAGCUUUUUUUUUCGUUUUUCUAUUUGACACCCUCUUUUUACUUUAGACAGUCCCAUUUUUAAUUUUUUUUUCUAUUUGACACCACAAUUUUUAUUUUUUUUGUUUAGUCCCCUUUUAAAUGGCUGAACCAUCAUUCGAUGCUGCUACUGCAAGUGCAACGAGGAAAAAUAAGGCAGACCCAGGCUGGAAAUAUUGUCAUUCACUGGUGGAAGGAGAUACAAACACCAUUGUUUGUAAUUUCUGUGGAAAAAUCACAAAGGGAGGAAUAACCAGAGCCAAACAACACCUGAUUGGGAAGUCGGGUAAUGUUGCAGCUUGCAAGAAAACUCCACCAAAUGUAGUCGAAGAGUUGAAGGAAUAUAUGGCUACCAAAAAAAGUGGGACCACUUACAGUACUUCUGGCAGUGGUAAUAUGGCAAAUAUAAGAAAUUUUGAAUUUGGUGAACUAAUUGGAUGUGAUGGAAGUGAAGAAGAUGAGUUUGCGGACUCUUGUAAUGCAGCUGCAAGUGCAAAGACAAAGUGUGGAACUAAAAAAGGACCAAUGGAUAAAUUUUGUAAGAAUCCAGAAAAUGCAAUCAAUCGGAGAAAAAUGGAGAUGUUGAGGAAAAUGAACAUUAGAGAGUCAGUGGAUAAGAAUGAAGUAUUAAAGGUGCAUCAACAUAUUGCUCGCUUUUGGUAUCAAGCAGGUUUGUCAUUCAACCUCAUUAAAUUGAAAAGCUUUGAGAAUAUGGUUGCAGCCAUUGGUCAAUAUGGACCACAUUUGCCCAUUCCUAGCUAUCAUGACAUCAGAGUUCCACUCCUCAAGACGGAAGUUGAAUAUACUGAAAAUUUGAUGAAAGGCCAUAGGGAGCAAUGGGUCAAGUAUGGUUGUACUAUUAUGUCUGAUGCAUGGACUGAUCGGAAACAAAGAUACAUCAUUAAUUUUUUGAUUAACUCUCAAGCUGGUACCAUGUUUUUGAAGUCUGUUGAUGGCUCUGAUUUUGUAAAGACGAGUGAAAAGCUUUUUGAGUUGCUUGAUGCCAUUGUGGAGGAAGUUGGAGAAGAGAAUGUUGUUCAAGUUGUAACCGAUAAUGGGAGCAACUAUGUUUUAGCGGGUAAGUUGUUGGAGGAGAAAAGGAAACAUAUUUAUUGGACUCCUUGUGCAGCUCAUUGUAUUGAUUUGAUGCUUGAAGAUAUUGGGAAGCUUCCCUUGAUAAGGAAGACAAUUAGAAGGGCAAUUAAUCUAGUUGGGUUUAUCUAUGCCCAUUCAAGUACCUUAAGUUUGUUGAGAAAUUUUACAAACAAGAGGGAAUUGGUGAGACAUGCUAUUACUAGAUUUGCGACUUCUUAUCUAACCUUGGAAAGGCUCCACAAAGAGAAAGCAAAUAUUAGAAAGAUGUUUACUUCUGAUGAAUGGACCUUGAACAAGCUAUCUAUGGAGCCUAAGGGAAAAGAAGCUGCAAAGGUAGUUCUCAUGCCUUCUUUUUGGAAUAGUGUGGUUUACACUCUUAAAGUCAUGGCUCCACUUGUGAAAGUGAUUCGUCUUGUGGAUGAUGAAAAGAAACCAGCCAUGGGCUAUAUUUAUGAAGCAAUGGACAAGGCAAAAGAAACAAUUAUCAAGUCUUUUAACAGCAAUGAAAGCAAGUACAAAGAUGUGUUUGCAAUCAUUGAUAAAAGAUGGAAUUGUCAGCUUUAUAGGCCAUUGCAUGCAGCUGCCCACUUCUUAAAUCCAGAGUUCUUUUAUGACAACACUGACUUGGAGUUUGAUUUUGAGUUCACCAAUGGUUUGUUUGAGUGCAUUAAGAAGUUGAUUCCACAAUUUGAUGUGCAACAAAAAAUUCUAACCGAGUUGCAUCUUUACAAGAUUGGUGCUGAACACUUUGGUUCUGACUUUGCAAUGGCUCAAAGGAAAAGUCAUUCUCCUAGUAAGAAACUUUUACCAUAUGACAAAUACAAAUACCAUACUAUUUUUUUAUGUAUUAGUGUUAUAAUUCAGAAUUCUAACUCUGAAGUUAUGCUCUUGGUUGGUAAUUGGUAUUGCAGCAUAUUGGUGGCGAAUGUUUGGGUCACAAACUCCAAAUUUGCAAAAGCUAGCUAUUAAAAAUUUUGAGUUUGACUUGCAAUGCUUUAGGAUGUGAAAGAAAUUGGAGUGUGUUUGAGCAAAUUCAUUCCAAAAAAAGAAAUAGGCUUGAGCACAAGAGGUUGCAUGAUUUGGUGUUUGUCAAAUACAACCAACAAUUGAAGCAAAGAUAUAAUGCAAGAGAUGAAAUUGAUCCAAUUUCUCUUAAUGAUAUUGAUGUGUGCAAUGAAUGGCUCGUGGAAGAGAUGGAUCAAGAUGAUGAUAAUGAUUUGGUAUUUGAAGAUGAUGAUGCUCUAAAUUGGGCAACUGUGUAUCAGGCUUCGGGGGUUGGAGAGUGUAGGAUGUAUACUAGGCGAAAAAAGCAAAAAACAACAAGUGUUGCUGCUGCCCAAACUUCUAAAAAACAGGCAAUGGUUGUUGGAUCUUCAUCAAGGAAGCAAAAAGCAGUCCAAGAAAAUGAUGAAGAUCUAGAUUUUGAGGAGAAUAUUGAUCUUGAAUCUGAAGAAGAAGAAAUCAUGAUCAAUUUUGAGGCGUCUGAUGGGGAAGAGGGAGAGGGAGAUGAUCCAUUACCAUAUGAUAACAACGAAGAUGAUUAUGUUGGGAUUGGAGAAGAUGAUUAGAGCCUCAACCUUUUCUUUGCACUUUGCAUUAUGUUUUUAUCAUUUUCUUAUUUUGAACUCUUUAAUGAGUUUAUUUGGUAUUGGUACUUGAUUAUUAUAUGAACUCAUGAAACUUUUUUAGUUUAUUUAAAUGCAAUCCUUUGUUUUUUUCAAUUUCAAUGAGUUUAUAUAUAUGUAUUUUUUUCUUUUUUUGUCCGUCAUGACAUCCGCCAUUUUCCGCUACGCCAUCCGCCAUAUUUUUAUGGCGGAUUUUUGGCUUUCCGCCAUGAACCGCCAUCCGCCAUUAACAACAUUGGUUUACCCAUGACUUGAUUGUAGUUCUUGGUUUAAAUUUCUUAUCUCUUUUGCCACUGUUUUAUGAAUUUUAUAUGUUAUCUUAUCAAUUCUUUCUUUGUA